GUUCUGCCGGAACCUAUUUGUGGUUGGACGUACUUCUCACCGCAUCCGCCGCAAUGACUUUCGAGUGGCCAUGGCAAUACAAUUUUCCUCCUUUUUUUACGCUUCAACCCAAUGUGGACACGAGACAGAAACAACUGGCAGCGUGGUGUUCGCUGGCCCUGGCCUACUACCGCCAUCAAAAGCUUUACACGCUGGAUGUAAUGGAGGCACAAGAGAGCCCCGUCUUCAACAAUCGCAAGAUUAAACGAAAACUGUCCGUGGAAGCAAUUCAAGUCGUAUUUGAGGAGUUGAGGAAAAAAGGCAACCUGGAGUGGAUGGACAAGAACAAGUCGAGGUGUUUGGUGAUGUGGAGGCGGCCUGAGGAAUGGGGCAAGCUCAUGUAUAACUGGGUGUCCAAAAGCGGAAUGAACAACACAGUCUUCACGCUUUAUGAGCUCGCCAAUGGCGACGACACAGAGGGCGAAGAGUUCCACGGCUUGGAGGAGUGGAUGCUGCUGCGCUCGCUGCAGGCGCUGCAAACGGAUGGCAAAGCCGAGGUCUUCAGCAUGGACGAUGGCAAAGGCGUCAAAUUUUUUUGAGGCGGGGAGAUUUUUGGACUGUGGAGGGAGGGUCCCCUGCUCUUGUUGUCAUCGCUCACCUCUGCCUCUGUGUGUUUUUAAAUACCGGAAGGUUUUGAGUCAUCUGGAGGUAACUUGAAUCGACUCAGCCCAAUUUAUUCUUAAUAAUUGGAAUAGUCCACAAUCAACCUAUUUCCUAUUCCCUUCAUAUCAUGUGUAAAAAUAAAUACGACUUGUUUGAUAAAUUGGA